GGUGGGGUGAAGAGGAACAGGUUUACAUGAAGCCUUUCCAAAAGAGUGUGACACUUCAACUGAGUUUUGAAGGAUGAGGAGGAGUCCAGGCAAGAGAGAAAGGAAGUUUUAGGGAGAGAUACUUGCAUCUGUAAAGGCACAGAGGUAUGGAGAUGACUCAUUGAACUGCAGGUAAUGGUAUGGCUGGUGCUGUGGCACAGAGUAAGGGUAAUUGUAGAUACGAGAGAAGAGGUUGGAAAGAUGGGCUAGGUCCAGAUAAGCAAUUUGGGCUUUAUCCCAUAGGUGGUGUAUCCUGGUUAGUGUGAUAUAAUCAGAUUUAUGAACUUUGGAAAGAUCACUCUGAAAGUUUGGGCCGGGUAAGGCAAGACUAGAGACAAGCAAACCACUCCCAUUAAGUAGUUUAGACCUGAGAUGAAGCCAUGGACUAGACAAAGUCCUGGUGGGAUGAAGAAGAGGGAAUAUAUUUGAAAGAUAUUCUAGAGAUGGAAUUGCCAGGGCUUCCAAGAAAUAGGGUAAGGAACAGAGGAGACAAAGAUACCAAAGCAUUUGGGUAAAUGGAAGUGCAUAACUGAGUUAGAGAAUAAGGAAAGAGGAAUAGGUUUGGGAAAGAAAGUGAGCUCAGUUUUGGGCACUGACUUUAAGGUGCCUGUGGGACACACAAUAGAAGAUAUCUGGUAGGCAUUUAGAGUUGUCAGUUCGGUAGGCACUGGUGGAUAGAUGUUAAUGAAGCCUUGAAGGUAGGGCUUUUAUUUUAUUCAUCUUUCUCUUCCCCAGCACUGAUCAUCUGUACGUAGGGAGUAUAUAACAUGAGAGUGAAUAGAUCUUGUUCCUUACAAGAUGUGAUACUGAAUCUUGAGGAAGUUAUUUCGCCUCUCAAGACCUGUGUUUCCCUUUCUGUAAGUGAGGGAGUUGAACUAGAUCAGUGGUUGUCAGCCAGAGUUUUGCAGCAUUCUGAUACGUUGGGAUCAAUUGUGAAGUGUGGCAAGUAAAUUUUUAACUAAUAUGAAACAGCUGAUGUUUGCUUGCAUUUAUAAAUUAGAGUUGAUUAUGUCAGUCUUUCUCAGUUGCAUUCCAGUGUGCUUUCUUGAGUGUGGGAGAAAGAGGUGGAGUUAUAGUUAGUCUGCUGGGAUUUCAUAGCUCUGGCUACGCCAGUGGGAGUGGCACACAGGAGUGUCAUCCUUCAUUAGGUGGGGUGGGAAAAAAAAAGGUUAAGAAUAACUGUACUGAAUGGUGGUUAAGGACUUAAAACUGCAAAAUUCUGUGCUUAUAUCUAGGGUGUAUCAUUCUGAUUAUAAACAAUCAUUUUUAUUUUUGCAACUUCAGGAACUCUAUUUUAAGACCCUUUCAAAACGAAAGAAACAAGUCAUGGAGAAGAAUGGGAAUAACCGAAAGCUUCGGGUUUGCGUUGCUACUUGCAACCGUGCUGAUUAUUCCAAACUUGCCCCAAUCAUGUUCGGCAUUAAAACAGAACCUGAGUUCUUUGAACUUGAUGUGGUGGUACUUGGCUCUCACCUGAUAGAUGACUACGGAAAUACAUAUCGCAUGAUUGAACAAGAUGACUUUGACAUUAACACCAGGCUACACACAAUUGUUAGAGGAGAAGACGAGGCAGCCAUGGUGGAGUCGGUAGGCCUGGCCCUGGUGAAGCUACCAGAUGUCCUUAAUCGCCUGAAGCCUGAUAUCAUGAUUGUUCAUGGAGACAGGUUUGAUGCCCUGGCUCUGGCUACAUCUGCUGCUUUAAUGAACAUCCGAAUCCUUCACAUUGAAGGUGGGGAAGUCAGUGGGACCAUUGAUGACUCUAUCAGACAUGCCAUAACAAAAUUGGCUCACUAUCAUGUGUGCUGCACCCGAAGUGCAGAGCAACACCUAAUAUCCAUGUGUGAGGACCAUGAUCGCAUCCUUUUGGCAGGCUGUCCUUCCUAUGACAAACUUCUGUCAGCCAAGAACAAGGACUAUAUGAGCAUCAUUCGGAUGUGGUUAGGUGAUGAUGUAAAAUCUAAAGAUUACAUUGUUGCACUACAGCACCCUGUGACCACUGACAUUAAGCAUUCCAUAAAAAUGUUUGAAUUAACAUUGGAUGCACUUAUCUCAUUUAACAAGCGGACCCUAGUUCUGUUUCCAAAUAUUGAUGCAGGGAGCAAAGAGAUGGUUCGAGUGAUGCGGAAGAAGGGCAUUGAACAUCAUCCCAAUUUCCGUGCAGUUAAACACGUCCCGUUUGACCAGUUUAUACAGUUGGUUGCCCAUGCUGGUUGUAUGAUUGGGAACAGCAGCUGUGGGGUUCGAGAGGUUGGAGCUUUUGGAACACCUGUGAUCAACCUGGGGACACGUCAGAUUGGAAGAGAAACAGGGGAGAAUGUUCUUCAUGUCCGGGAUGCCGACACCCAAGACAAAAUAUUGCAAGCACUGCACCUUCAGUUUGGUAAACAGUACCCUUGUUCAAAGAUAUAUGGAGAUGGGAAUGCUGUUCCCAGGAUUUUAAAAUUUCUCAAAUCUAUUGAUCUUCAAGAACCACUACAAAAGAAAUUCUGCUUUCCUCCGGUGAAGGAGAAUAUCUCUCAAGAUAUUGACCAUAUUCUUGAAACUCUAAGUGCCUUGGCUGUUGAUUUGGGUGGGACAAACCUCCGAGUUGCAAUAGUCAGCAUGAAGGGUGAAGUAGUUAAGAAGUACACUCAGUUCAACCCUAAAACCUAUGAAGAAAGGAUUGAUUUAAUCCUGCAGAUGUGUGUGGAAGCUGCAGCAGAAGCUGUAAAACUGAACUGCAGGAUUUUGGGAGUAGGUAUUUCCACGGGUGGCCGUGUAAAUCCUCGGGAAGGAAUUGUGCUACAUUCAACAAAACUUAUCCAAGAAUGGAACUCUGUGGAUCUCAGGACCCCCUUGUCUGACACUUUGCAUCUCCCUGUAUGGGUAGACAAUGAUGGCAACUGUGCUGCCCUGGCAGAAAGGAAAUUUGGCCAAGGAAAGGGACUGGAAAACUUUGUGACACUUAUCACAGGCACAGGAAUUGGCGGUGGCAUCAUCCAUCAGCAUGAAUUGAUCCAUGGAAGCUCCUUCUGUGCUGCAGAACUUGGCCACCUUGUUGUGUCUUUGGAUGGGCCUGAUUGUUUGUGUGGAAGCCAUGGGUGUAUUGAAGCAUAUGCUUCUGGGAUGGCCUUGCAGAGGGAAGCAAAAAAGCUACAUGAUGAAGACCUGCUCUUGGUGGAAGGGAUGUCAGUGCCAAAAGAUGAAGCUGUGGGUGCACUCCAUCUCAUCCAAGCUGCAAAACUGGGCAAUGCAAAGGCCCAGAGCAUCUUACGAACGGCUGGGACAGCUUUGGGUCUUGGAGUUGUGAACAUCCUGCACACAAUGAAUCCUUCCCUUGUGAUCCUCUCUGGAGUCCUGGCCAAUCACUAUAUCCACAUUGUCAAAGAUGUCAUCCGCCAGCAAGCCUUGCCCUCAGUUCAGGACGUGGACGUGGUGGUUUCGGAUUUGAUGGAUCCGGCCCUGCUCGGUGCUGCCAGCAUGGUCCUGGACUACACAACUCGCAGGAUCUACUAGGCCUCCCGGGGUGGACAUGGGCCGAGCCUCCAGAACUAUACAGUGAAAUCAAGUUGUUGUCUUUUUGAUUAGCAUUUUUUUAAAAAAGCAGAUGACUUUGGAAGAGAAAUAAGCAUUUUUGUUUUUUGUCUUCUCUUCCGAAGUCACCUUUCCCAACCCCCCUUUUGUAGAUGCUGCUCUUUUUCCUAAUAGGGGUCAUUUCAGUUCCAACCCUGUAAGUACCGGUCACAAUUCUCUGUGCCAAAAAGAGCUACUAUAUAAAUGCUUACUUGAUAUACCAGGCCUUGCUUGGGGUGGGAGUUUGGAUUAAUAAUUCUUCCUCUUCUGACUCCAAACCCAGUUCACAGAUAGAGAUCUAUCUAGUCAGGGAACAGAAGGAAAUCUCACUGUGAAACCCUCGAAUAAUUUUAAAAAAAAAAGCUUUACUGAGCUAUUUUUAAAGUGUACAGUAGAGUCAUCCCUUGGUAUCCACAGGGGAUUGGUUCCAGGACCCCCUCGGAUACCAAAAUCCUCGGAUGCUCCAGUCUCUUACAUAAAAUGGCAUAGUGUUUGCAUAUAACCUGCACACAUCCUUCUGUAUACUGAAAAUCAUCUCUAGAUUACUUAUAAUACCUAAUGCCAUGUAAAUGCUGUGUAAAUAGUUGUUUCCUCACAGUUGAAGGCUUGCUUUGGAAGGGAGCCUUUAUUUUCUAUGAGUUUCUUGAGCUAUUCUGGGAACGCUGAUGCUGCGUGGUCAUCAGCCAAUGCCGAUUUGCCCAUGAUCUUGAAGUUCUUGAGGUUGUAGCGCUUUACAGAGCUAGCUAGCCAUCCCUUACUAGCCUGAAACUCCUUCCUCUUGCCCUCCUUAACCCACUCACAGUAGUACUCAGAGGCUAAGUGCUUCUUCACACAUAGUUUUGCCAUCAACAGGGAUAUGCUUCUGUGACAUGUCCUCUAGCCACAUGCUUCAUGGUUUCUCAGUCUUUGCAAGCAGAAAGACCAUUUUGCCAUUGUAGGGGCAGCACUAACACUUCCAUGAAUUUCAGCUCCUUUGUGUGCUUUAUUGUGCAAACACUUGAUUUGUUCUUACCGACCUUAUGGCCUGCUUCGGCAAGCAACAUGCCACUUUUCAAAAGAGCUAAGAUUUCUAUUAGCUCGUCAAGAGAUAGCACUUUAUGCUUCCUCUUAGCCUUUGAAGGAUUGCUUUGACCACUUAAUUGCUUUUUAGGAGCCAUUUUUUCACAGAAACAAAGGGUGCACACAAGUAGUGAACAAAUGAGACACGAGGCAAACAAUGCUCAAACAAAUGCUGGAGAGAGACUGAGGAUAUGUGAAAUGGAGGCUACAGCAGGGUAUGCCUACGCAUCACUUCAUUCGCGUGGAUUCAGCAUAGUGUUCAGUGUGCGGCAAAUUCAAGUGUUUUUGCUUUUUGGAACUUUUUUUUCUGAAUAUUUUCUAUCUGCAGUUGUUUGAAUUCAUGGAUGUGGAACUUGUGGAUAUGGAGGGCCGACUGUAUAAGUUUUGGCAUAUGUACACGCAUGUGAAGCCAUCACCAUAAUCAAGACAUUAGAUAUAUCUGUCACCCCAAAUAUUAUUUGUUGGAAGAUGUUAUUUUGUUAUUAUUCCAGCAGAAUAGACUUUAGACCAGGGAUAUGAAUUACAGUGCCCUUGGUGACCUUGUCCUUAUCUUCUUAGGGACAGCUGGAAAGCCACUGGGACUUAAACCCUCGAAAGGAGAUUAACUGUCCCAAAAGGAUCUUUGCCACACAUACUCCUCCCUCCGAUAGCUUUUCAUAUUAUGUUGAAAAUAACCCUAGACUGUCUAUUAGGGCAGUGUUUGUAUGUGUUAUGAUAGUGUCCAGAUCUGUAGAUUUGAAUUCUGGCUAAAUAAGACUGUGCUUUCAUUGGUGUCAAAAUACAAAGGCCAAGGCAAGGAAAUUCUUGUUAUCAGUUGCAACCUGGAAGAAAUACUAAAAGCAACCAUUUAUCAAGUGCCUACUGUGUGGUAGGCUCUGAACUAGGUGCUUCAUAAAUAUCCUGAAGUCUCACAACCCAGGAGGUAGAUAUCGUAAUUCUGAUUUUAGAGACAAAAACUAAGGCUUAAUGUGUUUAAGUGAUGUGCCUAUAGCUAUGGGGCUAGUGAGAGAAACCGGAUUUGACUCCCACGUCCGUCUGUGCUUUUUCUGCGAAAUCACCCAAGCUCUCAUUUUCAAAAAACACUUUCAAAAUGAAAAUAUACCCUAAUUUACUCCAGGCUACCAAAAGCUUUAAUAAGAACAUCUGACUUGCAAAUAACUUGAUGUAUCCUUGACCCUCUCAGCUGUGAAUUUAAUCAAAUAUUCCUCUCUGCUAUGGAAAUUUUGCCAGCACAGUAUUUGGUCUAGGAAUGUGACAGGUUCUUACGGGUACUUUUAGGUUAUCUAAAAAAGCAUAUGCAUAUGUUUUUCAGAUCUUUUCUUUUCAUUUUAGGAAAACCUGAGAAUUUCUACAACAUAUUGUUUCAGUGUUAACAUAUAAAAUAAAUUGAAGGACUCAAGAUCACAUUUGAACUGCCUUCCUUCCUGGUGGGUCAAUGUGAAAAAUAGGUUGGCUGAUUCCUAGACCUCUGCCAGCCCUUAAAUAAUCUCCUGGUUAUUGUUGAAACAUUCCAUGAUGACUCCUGUGAAGGAAGCUAGUCUGCUCAGCCAUCAGUGUCUCCGACAAGAUGGUGUACUGUGAAGGCGAAUCAGUCAUUCCUUGGUGAAAUCUGCAACUGCUCUGUACACCAAACAACUGCUUUGCUACCAAGUUUCAUACCAAAUACUGAAAGGACUGAACUGAAUCAAAAAGCAAAUCUUAGUUUUUAUUAAGUUCAUGGAUAGGCCAAUAUAUCCUGACAUAAAUUAUUACAUAUAAUUAAAUAAUCACAUUAAGUUAAAAUCUUAAUUUAUUUUAAUGUAAAUUUGUUAAAGUUUUGAGCCAAAUUCUAAAGAAAAAAUAAAUACAUUUCUUCGU